AUGUUUGGAUUGUCUUAUUUAGCUGAAGAACCGGGUGUCCUCACUGUACAGCAAUCUGAGCCAGAAGAACAUGGCGUAGAUCACCAGACCGAACCCAGAGUUGCCUCUCAUGAGCAGAGUGUCCACCACCAAAACCGCAAACACAAAGAUCUGGUCGUACAAAAUUGCUUUUUCAAACAAGCUGUCAGCCUUGAGGAUCGGUUUGAUGUGGAAGUGGCUGGCCAAUUGCAGCGUCGAGAUCAAGAUGUAGGGAGCCAGCUUGAAGAACGACGACCGGCCAAAGAACCACGCAACAGAAAGCACCAAGUACUGGAAGUUUUCUGUCGCCAUGAGAGUGAAGUACGAAGGAAGCGACUUUCUGUUGAAUUGCGACGCAAUGGCAACGCUGUAGCUGAUCCAGACCCCGGUGAACGAUAA